CGUCUCCGCUGCACGGGGGCCGAGCGCUGGCAGCCUGCUCGGGAUGUGCUCCAGCAAGUGCCAAGUGCAGGGGCACUGCCACUUCUCUGGGUCUCCGGCCCCGCUCCUGCGGCCCAGGGGCUGCGCAGGCGGCUCACGCACGCAGGGGAGUUCGACAGGGUCGCCGAGCUCGCCGAGAGGUUCCCGGGGUUCGUCCUGCCCUGCCUGGGAGUUCACCCCAUUCAGGGUGCCUCUCCAGAGGGGCGGCGCAGCGUCACUCUGCAGGAUCUGCAAGCUGCGCUGCCUCUUAUAGAGCGCUAUGAAGAUAAGUUGGUAGCAAUUGGAGAAGUUGGACUAGAUUUCACUCCCAGAUAUGCCAGCACGGAUGAACAGAAAGAAGGACAAAGACAGGUUUUGAUCCAGCAGAUUCAGUUAGCAAAAAGACUGGAUUUGCCCUUAAAUGUUCAUUCCUGUUCAGCGGGAAGACCAACCAUUCGUCUCUUACAGGAACAAGGUGCUGGGAAUGUGUUACUCCAUGCAUUCGAUGGGAAGCCAUCUGUAGCAAUGGAAGGGGUGAAAGCUGGAUAUUUCUUCUCCAUCCCACCUUCUGUUGUAAGGAAUAAGCAGAAUCAGAAACUUGUUAGAUUCCUACCCCUGGAAAAUAUAUGCUUAGAAAGCGACUCUCCUGUUCUGGGGCCUGUAAAACUGGUAAGAAAUGAACCAAAAAAUAUUUACGUUGCUGCUGACUGUAUUGCCAGUAUUAAAGGAAUACCAGUUGAAGAAGUUAUAGAAGUGACAACACAGAAUGCGCUGAGGGUAUUCCCCAAACUUCGGAACUUCCUUCGUUUGUAGGCUUAGCAACACAUAAAAUCUG